ACUUGACGAUCGAUCCGGGUGUAAUUUUCGGGUUUCUCCCUUCCCUUUCUUUUUCUAUUGACUGCAAUCCCUCUUUUCCUGGCAACGAAGUCAAUUUCCGGAAUAUCUCUGUGGACUUUUCGAAGGGGUUCUUGCUAUUUCCGCCAAUCUUCGAAUCUGCGGUUUGAACGGGUUCACGGGUCUAGGAUCUCCUGCCUUCUCCGCAACACCUGUAGACUGCAACUAGCUGUAACUCGGACCUGCAGUGAGUAAUGCUGUGUUUGUUCGGUCUCCGAACUCCGUGUUAUAGAGGCAGAUUGGACUGGCGCCAAGGAUUCAAUUCUAUGGAUCUUUAUUCUCUUAUGUAUGUUCCCCUACGUAAAGGACUAGUUGAUCCCCGUAUGCAGUCGAUCGAAGAUCAUAUCACAUGACUUUUCAGGUUACUGAGACAGGGCCCAAGUGCACGGUCACCUACACCUUUCUCCACAUCUCCCCAUGAGCGAUGUCUACUGGCCUCACCUCAGCCUACAUUGGCGCCUAUCUCUGUGCGUUUCUAUAUGGGGCGUAUAUUGCGGUCGCAUAUCAUUGCAGUGCUGUUAUGUAUCACCGCUACAAAGCAAGGCGGUUGCACAUGUACCUCCUGGGAGUCCACAUCACUCUGUUCAUCCUUAUAACCUGGCGCUCUAUAACAACUAUGGCCCGCACUCUGAACGGUGUAAUCCACCUAGCUCCUAGUGGAACUAUCGACUUACACCCGAAAUGGUCUACCUGGAGCCUCGUUGAAAAUGUGCCAUGGGCCCUGACCACAAUCGUCGCCGAUGCGUUCCUCGUUUAUCGCACAUACAUCGUCUGGUCACAGAGAUACCUCGUAAUAAUUAUCCCUCUAAUACUCUAUGCGGCAGAUGUUGGCGCGAUGAUUUACGUCUUCGUCCUGCUGGCGAAUUCUAAUACGACUGUUGCACAGUCAAACAAUGUAGCGACUGUCUUUGCUGCUGUGACUCUGUCUGCUAACAUUGUUUGCACCGCUCUCAUUUCCUUUCGCAUCUGGACGGUACAACGCAACCUAGCCGGAACCAGACAAGGUAGCGACCCUUUGAGUGGUAUCGUAGCGCUUAUCGUGGAAUCUGCUGCUAUUUACACCGUUGUCCUUAUACCCCAAAUAGUCACUCUGAUUAUACGAAUCCCUAUUUACUACGCAUUCUUUGAUAUACAGGCACCCGUCAUUGGCAUUGUCUUUUCCAUGAUCAUUAUUCGCGUUAGUCGAGGAGAAGCAUACGGAGAUACCAACGAAAUCACCGAUGAUAUUGCAUGGCACCGAUCCACCACCGAAAACACCGCCUCAAACGUGGAGAUAAGGCUACAGACAACGACUAGCACGCACAGCCAUGAUGUCGAAGCUCAGCACGGGGAAUCCAAAGCCUCCACUGAGACGAAUCCCGAGUCACCGGCAUGCAAGGCGUGACUCUUCUUAGAUUUAAUUACUCAAUAACUAUUCUAGGUAUUGAUAAUAAUACUAAUUCUUAAUUUACACGCUCCUGUAGAAUGUAGUACUAAACAUUUCUUCUCGAGCCAUGCCCGGCAAUUAGAAG